AUGACGUUUGGGAAGCCAUGGCUCGCCGUGGUGGUGCUGGCCGUGGGCGUGGCUCAGGCAACACCAACCACCAACUUUGAUCAGUUCUUUCCCGACUGGAACGAAAUGCUCCAGGGGAUCCUCCGAGACAACUGCUCGGCCGAGUACGCCGUGUACAAGACUGGCGAGCGGGAGCCCGGCGCGCCGCUGUCCUCGCUCAUCACCCCCGUCAUCAACUGCAUCCUCGAGACAAUGCCCGAGUUCAGGAAGGCUGAGCUGAGCGCCAGCGCCGUCAUCCUCGGCCUGCUACCGACCAUGCUUCAGACCCUCGGGAGCACGCCUGCCGAGACCGCCCUGCUCUCGCUCCGGCGGCCCGUCCUCGCCUUCCUUCUCGCCCUGGGCAGCCCUUCCGUGGCCACGAUGAAGACCAGCGAGUUCAUGACUACAAUCCAGGACCUCGUCGAGAAGGGGGACACGCGGCCGACAACCAUUUCCACAUUCCGAUGGCGCUAUGUGACGAGCAAGUGGCGCGUGGCCAUGAGCGUGGCCGAGUAUCUGGUCACCAUGGUCGCCGUCGCAAACGUCGUCUACCUCGCCUACCAGCUAGGGUUCCACGCGAUUGUCAUGUUUGCUCCCGAGACCAUCUUCAUGCUCCCGCUAUGGACGUUCAUAUGCGUCGUCAUACAUAUGGGAGGCGUCCUUAUCUUGUACCUCAAGCUGCGCAUCGACCGCAAAGCGCCUAAGCACGAUGAUCAACCCCGACAACGCGGGCACGAAAUGUACAAUCCAGAGCCUUACCGGGGCAUUGGCGAGCAGCAGCAGCAGCAGCAGCAGUCCCACUCGACGGCCUCUGAGCCUUUGGUACUCGGCAUACUGCGCCGACGUACCACGGGUCUAAGCCAAGAGGUCACGCCCGCGGCGUUCCAAGAACCCAAGCGGCUGAGGUGGCGAAAGCAGACACUCUUUGCCAACUUCCUGAUCUGGCUUUUAUCCUUCGGCACCCUGGUGAACCUGGUGUUCGGAAGCAUGAUCUUCUCGUCUCUGCUCUUUUUCAGCGUCCGGGAAGUGCUGCUGAUAGUCACACGCUACGUGGCCAGCACGCUGAUAUGCAGGGCGAUUGUGCGGUUAGAGCUGUCCGGGAUGAAGCAGAGUACUUACUACGACCCAACCGAAGAGGACGAGGGCGAGCAGCAUAUGCUGGGAGGCGGGACUGUAUCCGAGAUGAUUCCUUUGAAGAAUUCGCAGCAUCACCACGUCGGAGAGACGAGCGGUUCAUCCUUAGGGGUUAUGCAAUGA